AUGCAGAAGGGAAUACGACUUAAUGAUGGUCAUGUCACCUACCUGGGGCUUUUGGCGAAAAAGGAUGGUACAAGACGAGGGUGCUUGAGCAAAAAAAGCUCAGACAACACGAAAUGGCACACAAAGUGGUUUGCUUUGUUACAAAAUAUGCUCUUUUAUUUUGAGAACGAGUCCAGCUCUCGACCCUCGGGAUUAUAUCUGUUGGAGGGAUGCUUAUGCGACAGGGCGCCUUCACCAAAACCUUCACAGUCAGCCAAGGAGUGUUUGGAAAAGCAGUACUAUUUCACUGUCAACUUUACCCAUGAAAACCAAAAGGCGCUUGAGUUACGCACAGAAGAUGUAAAGGACUGCGAUGAAUGGGUGGCUGCAAUAUCACACGCCAGUUACAGAAACUUGGCCAACGAGCAUGAGACUCUCAUGCAGAAGUAUCUUCAUCUGCUUCAGAUUGUGGAGACGGAGAAAACUGUUGCUAAGCAACUUCGACAACAGAUAGAAGAUGGGGAAAUAGAGAUUGAAAGGCUUAAGUCAGAGAUCUCUGGGAUGCUCAAAGACAACGAGAAGAUUCACGACAGCCCUGCAGCCGCCCCAACAGAUGACGACUCAGAAAUCAAGAAAAUCAAAAAAGUCCAGAGCUUCCUGCGAGGCUGGAUCUGCAGGAGGAAGUGGAAGACAAUCAUCCAGGAUUACAUCCGUUCACCACAUGCAGAGAGCAUGAGGAAGAGGAACCAGGUGGUGUUCAGCAUGUUGGACUCAGAGGCAGAGUACGUCCAGCAGCUUCACAUCCUGGUGAACAAUUUCCUGAGGCCCCUCCGCAUGGCAGCCAGUUCCAAGAAACCGCCCAUCACCCACGAUGAUGUCAGCAGCAUCUUCCUCAACAGCGAAACUAUCAUGUUUCUACAUCAGAUAUUUUAUCAAGGUCUAAAAGCCAGAAUAGCGAGCUGGCCAACAUUAGUGCUGGCCGACCUGUUCGACAUCCUGCUGCCCAUGCUGAACAUCUACCAGGAGUUUGUGAGGAACCACCAGUACAGCCUGCAGAUCCUGGCUCACUGCAAGCAGAACAGAGACUUUGACAAGCUGCUGAAGCAGUACGAGGCUAAGCCCGACUGUGAGGAGAGGACUCUGGAGACCUUCCUCACCUACCCCAUGUUCCAGAUUCCCCGCUACAUUCUUACGCUCCACGAACUUCUGGCCCACACUCCCCAUGAACACGUAGAGAGAAACAGUCUGGACUACGCCAAAUCUAAGCUGGAGGAGCUUUCCAGAAUCAUGCACGAUGAAGUGAGCGAGACCGAGAACAUCAGGAAGAACCUGGCAAUAGAGCGCAUGAUCAUAGAGGGCUGCGAGAUUCUCCUCGACACCAGCCAGACAUUUGUAAGACAAGGGUCUCUCAUCCAGGUGCCGAUGAGCGAGAAGGGCAAGAUCACCCGUGGGCGACUAGGCUCUCUGUCUCUGAAGAAGGAAGGAGAGAGGCAGUGCUUUCUCUUCUCCAAGCAUUUAAUCAUCUGCACCAGGGGUUCUGGGGGAAAGCUUCAUCUCACCAAGAAUGGAGUAGUCUCGCUUAUAGACUGCACUCUUAUGGAGGACCCUGAGGGGACAGAUGAUGAGUCCAAAUCAGACAAGAGUGGCCAAGAUAUGGAGCACCUGGACUUCAAGAUUGUCGUGGAGCCAAAGGACAGCCAGUCAUUCACAGUCAUCCUGGUGGCCUCCUCGAGGCAGGAGAAGUCUGCAUGGAACAGUGACAUCAGCCAGUGCAUAGACAACAUCCGCUGCAAUGGGCUGAUGAUGAACGCCUUCGAAGACAAUUCCAAAGUCACAGUGCCACAGAUGAUCAAGUCAGAUUCAAGUCUGUACUGCGAUGAUGUGGACAUCCGCUUCAGCAAGAUGAUGAACUCCUGCAAGGUGCUACAGAUCCGCUACGCCAGCGUUGAGCGCCUGCUGGAGAGACUGACCGACCUUCGUUUCCUCUCCAUCGACUUCCUCAACACCUUCCUGCACUCCUAUCGUGUGUUCACCACCGCUGAUGUGGUGCUAGACAAGCUCAUCACCAUCUACAAGAAGCCCAUCAGUGCCAUCCCUGCUCGGUCCCUGGAGUUGUUCUUUGCCAGCAGCCAGAACAGUAAGUUCUUGUAUGGAGAGCCUCCCAGCUCCCCCAGGGCCAGCAGAAAGUUCUCCUCCCCACCUCCUCUCGCUAUCGCCAAGAAUUCAUCCCCAAACCGCCGGCGCAAGCUCUCCCUCAACAUCCCUAUCAUCACUGGGGGCAAAGCUCUUGACCUUGCUGCCCUCAGCUGCUCCUCAAAUGGCUAUGCAAGCAUGUACUCUUCCAUGUCCCCAUUCAGCAAGACCACCUUGGACAUCAACAAACUGUACGUGUCCAGCCCUACCUCAAGCAAAAUCCCUGAUGAGGGAGAAGACAAGAAGGACAAGGUGGAGGAUACCUUAGUGAGCAAACAAGAUCACUCUGUACGAGAAGAAAGUGACAUUGAUCAAAACCAGAGUGAUGAUGGGGACCCAGAAGCCUCUCCUAUCAAAUCACCAACCACUCCAAAAAACAUCAAAUGCAAAAACUCCUCAGAGUUCUCCCUGUUUUCCUACAACAACGGCAUGGUAAUGUCCUCGUGUCGAGAGCUGGACAACAAUCGCAGUGCCCUGUCUGCUGCCUCUGCCUUUGCUAUUGCUACAGCCGGAGCCAAUGAGGGCACACCCACGAAGGAAAAAUAUCGGCGGAUGUCCCUAGCCAGUACUGGCUUCCCAACAGAUCAGAGAAAUGGAGACAAAGAGUUUGUGAUCAGACGAGCAGCGACCAACAGAGUCCUGAAUGUCCUGAGGCACUGGGUGUCCAAACACUCUCCGGACUUUGAGAGUAACAAUGAGCUGAAGACAAAAGUUAUUGUCUUCCUGGAAGAGGUGAUGCAUGACCCCGAGCUGUUGACCCAGGAGAGGAAAGCAGCAGCCAACAUAAUCAGGACUCUAACUCAGGAAGAUCACAGUGACAAUCAGAUCACCCUUGAAGACGUGACACAGCUGGUGAAAGGAAAGGUCGAGCCCUUUGAGAGCCACUCUGCAUUAGAGAUCGCAGAACAGCUCACUCUGCUGGACCACCUGGUGUUUAAGGUCAUCCCGUAUGAGGAAUUCUUUGGACAAGGCUGGAUGAAGAAUGACAAAAAUGAGAAGACACCGUACAUCAUGAGAACAACAAAGCACUUCAAUGAUAUAAGCAACCUUAUUGCCACAGAGAUCCUGCGCUGUGAGGACGUGGUCACACGAGUGGUGGUCAUAGAAAAAUGGGUGGCUGUAGCCGACAUCUGUCGCUGUCUCCACAACUACAACGCAGUGCUCGAGAUCACCUCCUCCCUCAACCGCAGCUCUGUUUUUCGCCUCAAGAAGACCUGGCUCAAGGUUUCCAAGCAGACAAAAGGAUUGAUUGACAAGCUGCAGAAGCUGGUCUCAUCAGAGGGAAGGUUCAAAAACCUGAGAGAGGCUUUGAAGAACUGUGAUCCUCCCUGUGUGCCCUAUCUGGGGAUGUACCUCACAGACCUGGCUUUCAUUGAGGAGGGAACACCAAACUACACCGAAGACAACUUGGUCAACUUCUCAAAGAUGAGAAUGAUUUCUCACAUCAUCAGAGAAAUCAGGCAGUUUCAGCAAACAGCAUACAAGAUUGACCUGCAACCAAAGGUAACCCAGUAUCUACUGGAUAAUAGCUUUGUUCUGGAUGAAGAAAGUAUGUACGAAGCCUCACUCAGAAUUGAGCCUAAAGUGCCCAACUGAUGGGGUGUGAACUGAA